AUGCUACAAAUACUGGAAUACAUUCCUUCAACAGAUUUAUCCACGAUCUUUUCGUGUCUUCUAAUAAACAAACACUGGUGCGCAACAACAACGGUAGUUCUCUGGCGAAACCCUUUUCGACUACUAAAAACACGAAGAAGACGGUCCGCGGCAUCAGUACAAGAUUGGCGUAUACGAGCAGCACAUCUUUUUGAAUCUUAUAUUUCAUUUUUGGAUAAUGAAGCGCGAGCUCAACUAAAACAAGUACCAAUAUAUCUGCCCGCAAAUCAAUCAAAAAAAUUAAUGAUUCAGCCGUCUAAAAGUCCUCAAAAUAUUAUUAUCAAUUAUGUCUCCUUCAUGGAUGACUCAAUUGAUUGUAAUGAGAUUUUGGACGCGGCUCAUUGUUGGGUGUUGUUAUUGAGAACUAAAAUGGCGGCAAUUGAAACGAAUCGUGAAAAAGUUAUUUAUGAAGGGAAAUUGAUGCCGAAAUUAAAAUCAAAAAUUGUAUCGUAUCCAGAAGGAAAACUAGUUGAAAGUAAUGAUAAGUCAAAUCAUACCAGCAAUAGCCACAUUUUCAAUCAAAAUAUUAAUCACGAGCAACCGCAACAACUACUACAGCAACGACAGAAACACGAAACAGAGCAACCGGAAUUAAACAACCCAGUUCAUCCUGAACCACUCAUAUCUCGAGUUCUUUGCAAUUUCCUAGCAAGAUGUAAUCCUUUGUUAUCCAAACUUCAAUGUGAAUUUAGGGAUUGGCAAAAUCGAGAAAUUGUGCGAAAAUUUGAAAUUUAA